AAAAACGGGGCAUUUGUGACCGCCGAGGCCGCGUUGCUCUCGAACCGAGUGUCUUCUUCACCACGAUGAGGCGAACACUGGUGUCUGCGACCCUUUUGCUCUGCGUGGCCGCCACCCUGGCCCAGAUCACCGUUCUGCGGGGCAGCGAAGCUUACACAGCGCUGUUCAGGCAGAGACCGGCCGCCGCCGCUCUUCAGAAACAACGAAACCCGUACUGUCCCUAUUGCGAUUCGUCCGUGUACAGUUACUGCUCGGACAAGCUGCUGCACGACGCCUGCUGCUGUUCGGGCGGCGGCGCCGACCCGCUUGGUCCGCAAGCGUACCCGCUGCCGCGAGAGUGCCAAUUCGCCGACUGCAGUUUUCUGCACGCCAACACGUGCCAGGAGCACCAGCUCAUUACCAGGUGCUGUUGCAGCAAUUUCGUCUGAGGAAAUAAAUGGACACGCACGCAGAUUUCAAUGAGAGACGCUCGACAGGCGGACGGACGACCUCGGACGACAAAGAAGAUUCGUUCUAACAAAGUGUGUAUCACAAAAACAAAAAUAAUAAAUUAUUCAUAGAGAGGCAAUAAAUUAUUGAGAACCAAAUGCCGAUUUAUUUUUUGCCUU